CCCACGUCUGCCGGGGGCACCGAGGACUGGCCCAGCGCCGCCCGCCCGGCCCGGGGUCACCCGAGGUGGGCGUCCAGCUGCCCCGCGGGACCGACGGGGGACGUGCGUGCCGCCGCCCGGCCCCCCAGAAAUUCAGACGCCUGCAGUGAGCUGCUUCUACUUGUGGGUGGCGGACUGGAACACCACACGGGCCCCAGGACAGCGUGAUCUUCACUGUCCACUGAAGACGUGGCCAAGGAGGAAAAUGGAAAAGUAGGAACUGUGCCGAGAGCAGACCCUCGUCCUCUGAAGCAUCGCCCUCAACUGUAUAGACCCGACCUCACAGAAGUCCUCCCUCCAGCCACGGAAGUCUCUGUGUUGCACUGACGUGGCCAAGGCCAGUUACAGGCUGCGUCUCUGCUUCCGUAAUGGGAGGACCAAGGUUUGUCUGAUCAACACAGGAAGGCGACUCUGCGGAUGGAGAAGCUUCUGACCUUACAUCACAAAGCCACACUCCUCUGAGGAUGGCGAUGUCUGGUAGGAGACGGGCACAUCUGAGAAGAGCCAUCGGUGUGUGUGCGUGUGGAAUAUCUGCAGACAUGACUGCGUGGAGGAAAUUCAAGUCGCUGCUCCUGCUUCUGGCGCUGCUGGUUCUGUUCGCGGGGCUCCUCACUGCAGCGAAGGGCCAGAACUGUGGAGGCUUGGUCCAGGGUCCCAACGGCACUAUCGAGAGCCCAGGGUUUCCUCAUGGUUAUCCGAACUACGCCAACUGCACCUGGAUCAUCGUUACCGGGGAGCGGAAUCGGAUACAGCUGUCGUUCCACACCUUUGCCCUCGAGGAAGACUUUGAUAUUUUAUCGGUUUACGAUGGACAGCUCCAACAAGGGAAUCUGAAAGUGAGGUUAUCGGGAUUUCAGCUGCCUUCCUCCAUCGUCAGCACCGGCUCCGUCCUCACGCUGUGGUUCACAACCGACUUCGCCGUGAGUGCCCAGGGUUUCAGAGCCCUGUAUGAAGUUUUACCCAGCCACACGUGUGGAAAUCCCGGGGAGAUCCUGAAAGGAGUUCUCCACGGCACGAGGUUCAACAUAGGAGACAAGAUCCGGUACAGCUGUCUCUCCGGCUACGUCUUGGAGGGCCACGCCGUCCUCACCUGCAUCGUCAGCCCGGGGAACGGGGCCUCCUGGGACUUCCCAGCCCCGUUCUGCAGAGCUGAGGGGGCCUGCGGAGGGACCCUACGCGGGACCAGCAGCACCAUUUCCAGCCCGCACUUCCCCUCCGAGUACGAAAACAACGCAGACUGCACGUGGACCAUCCUGGCAGAACCCGGGGACACCAUCGCUGUGGUCUUCACGGACUUCCAGCUGGAAGAAGGGUACGACUUCUUGGAGAUCAGCGGGACAGAAGCACCGUCCAUCUGGCUGACCGGCAUGAACCUCCCUUCGCCUGUUAUCAGUAGCAAGAACUGGUUACGACUCCAUUUCACAUCCGACAGUAACCAUCGACGGAAAGGAUUUAACGCUCAGUUUCAAGUGAAAAAGGCAAUCGAGUUGAAGUCAAGAGGAGUGAAGAUGCUGCCCAGCAAGGACAGCAGCCAUAAAAACUCUGUCUUAAGUCAAGGAGGUGUUGCUUUGGUCUCUGACAUGUGUCCAGAUCCUGGGAUUCCAGAAAAUGGUAGAAGAGCAGGUUCCGACUUCAGGGUCGGUUCCAACGUGCAGUUUUCCUGUGAGGACAGCUACGUGCUCCAUGGGUCCAAGAGUGUCACGUGCCAGAGAGUCACAGAGACGCUGGCCGCCUGGAGUGACCACCGGCCGGCUUGCCGAGCUAGGACGUGUGGCUCAAAUCUGCGUGGACCCAGCGGCGUCAUUACUUCCCCGAAUUACCCGGUUCAGUAUGAAGACAACGCACACUGUGUGUGGGUCAUCACCACGAUGGAUCCAGACAAGGUUAUCAAGCUCGCCUUUGAGGAGUUUGAACUGGAAAGAGGCUACGACACCCUCACAGUGGGCGACGCCGGGAAAGUGGGUGAUACCAGAACAGUGUUGUACGUACUCACCGGGUCCAGCGUUCCUGACCUUAUUGUGAGCAUGAGCAACCAGAUGUGGCUGCACCUCCAGUCUGAUGACAGCAUCGCCUCGCCUGGAUUUAAAGCUGUUUACCAAGAAAUUGAGAAGGGGGGAUGUGGGGACCCGGGUGUCCCUGCCUACGGGAAGCGGACGGGCAGCAGUUUCCUCCACGGAGACACGCUCACUUUCGAGUGCCAGGCGGCCUUCGAGCUGGUGGGGGAGAGAGUGAUCACGUGCCAGCAGAACAACCAGUGGUCCGGCAACAAGCCCAGCUGCGUGUUUUCGUGUUUCUUCAACUUCACGGCGUCGUCAGGGAUCAUCCUCUCACCAAACUACCCGGAAGAGUACGGGAACAACAUGAACUGCGUCUGGCUGAUUAUUUCUGAGCCGGGCAGCAGAAUUCACCUCAUCUUCAACGAUUUCGAUGUGGAGCCCCAGUUUGACUUCCUGGCAGUCAAAGACGACGGGGUACCAGACAUCACGGUCCUGGGCACGUUCUCUGGCAACGAGGUGCCCUCCCAGCUGGCCAGCAGCGGGCACGUCGUCCGCUUGGAGUUCCAGUCGGAUCACUCCACCACCGGCCGGGGGUUCAACAUCACCUACACCACGUUUGGUCAAAACGAGUGUCACGACCCCGGCAUCCCCAUAAACGGCUGGCGCUUUGGUGACCGGUUCCUGCUUGGGAGCUCCGUCUCCUUCCACUGUGAUGACGGCUUUGUCAAGACACAGGGCUCGGAGUCCAUCACUUGUGUCCUGCAGGACGGGAACGUCGUCUGGAGCUCCACCGUGCCCCGCUGCGAAGCCCCGUGCGGCGGACAUCUGACAGCUUCGAGCGGGGUGAUUUUGCCCCCGGGAUGGCCAGGGUAUUACAAAGAUUCUUUAAAUUGCGAAUGGAUAAUUGAAGCAAAACCAGGACACUCUAUCAAAAUAACGUUUGAUCGGUUCCAGACGGAGGUCAAUUACGACACCCUGGAGGUCAGAGACGGGCCGGCCAGCGCAUCCCCGCUGAUCGGGGAGUACCACGGCACGCAGGCCCCGCAGUUCCUCGUCAGCACCGGCAACUUCAUGCACCUGCUCUUCACCACCGACAACAGCCGGUCCAGCGUGGGCUUCCUCCUCCGCUACGAGAGUGUGACUGUAGAGUCGGACUCCUGCCUGGAUCCGGGCAUCCCUGUCAACGGCCAUCGGCACGGCAGUAAUUUCGGCAUCAGGUCCACGGUGACUUUCAGCUGCGAGCCUGGGUACACGCUGAGUGAGGACGAGCCGCUCGUCUGCGAGCGGAGCCACCAGUGGAACCACGCUCUGCCCAGCUGUGACGCUCUCUGUGGAGGCUACAUCCAUGGGAAGAGUGGAACAGUCCUUUCUCCUGGGUUUCCAGAUUUUUACCCAAACUCUCUAAACUGUACGUGGACCAUUGAGGUGUCUCACGGAAAGGGAGUGCAGAUGGCCUUCCACACCUUCCACCUGGAGGGCUCCCACGACUACCUGCUGAUCACGGAGGACGGGAGCUUCGCCGAGCCGGUGGCCCGGCUCACAGGCUCGGUGCUGCCGCACACCAUUAGGGCGGGCUUGUUCGGGAACUUCACUGCCCAGCUUCGGUUUAUAUCUGACUUCUCCAUCUCCUACGAGGGCUUCAACAUCACGUUCUCCGAAUAUGACCUCGAGCCGUGCGACGACCCCGGCGUCCCCGCCUUCAGCAGAAGAGUCGGUUUUCACUUCGGGGUCGGGGAUGCCCUGACGUUCUCGUGCUUCGCGGGCUACCGCUUAGAAGGUGCAGCCAAGCUUACGUGCCUGGGUGGGGGCCGUCGCGUGUGGAGUGCGCCUCUGCCAAGGUGUGUGGCUGAAUGUGGAGCAAGUGUCAGAGGAAACGAAGGAACAUUACUGUCUCCGAAUUUCCCAUCAAAUUAUGAUAAUAACCAUGAGUGUAUCUAUGAGAUCGAAACAGAAGCCGGCAAGGGAAUCCACCUCAGGGCGCGGAGCUUCCAGCUGUGUGAGGGAGAUGUUCUGAAGGUCUACGAUGGGAAAGACAGCUCGUCACGCCCCCUGGGAGCCUUCACCAGGAGCGAGCUGCUGGGGCUGGCCCUGAACAGCACCUCCAACCACCUGUGGCUGGAAUUCAACUCCAACGGCUCGGACACCGACCAGGGCUUUCAGCUCGCCUACACUAGUUUUGACCUGGUGAAAUGUGAGGACCCGGGAAUCCCUAACUACGGCUAUAGGAUCCGGGACGAAGGCCACUUCACCGACACGGCGGUCCUGUACAGCUGUAACCCGGGCUACACCAUGCACGGCGGGGACACCCUGACCUGUCUGAGCGGUGACCGGCGGGUGUGGGACAGACCACUGCCCUCCUGCGUGGCGGAAUGUGGCGGGCAGAUCCACGCCGCUGCGUCAGGGCGCAUCCUGUCUCCUGGUUACCCGGCUCCCUACGACAACAACCUGCACUGUACCUGGGUCGUGGAGGCGGACCCGGGGAGGACCAUCAGCCUCCACUUCAUCGUGUUCGACACGGAGCUGGCCCACGACAUCCUGAAGGUGUGGGACGGGCCGGCGGACAGUGACAUCCUGCUGAGGGAGUGGAGCGGCUCGGCGCUGCCCGAGGACGUGCACAGCACCUUCAGCUCGCUCACCCUGCAGUUCCACAGCGACUUCUUCAUCAGCAAGUCUGGCUUCUCCAUCCAGUACUCAACGUCCAUCGCAUCCACCUGCAACGAUCCAGGUGUACCUCAGAACGGCACCCGCUAUGGGGACAGCAGAGAGCCUGGGGAUACGGUCACCUUCCAGUGUGACCCCGGGUACCAGCUCCAAGGACAAGCAAAGAUCACCUGUGUGCAGCUGAACAGCCGGUUCUUCUGGCAGCCAGACCCUCCUACGUGCAUAGCGGCUUGUGGAGGGAACCUGACCGGCCCCGCCGGCGUCAUCCUGUCACCCAACUACCCGCAGCCAUAUCCUCCUGGGAAAGAGUGUGACUGGAGAAUAAAAGUGAACCCAGACUUCGUCAUCGCCUUGAUAUUCAAAAGUUUCAGCAUGGAGCCCAGCUACGAUUUCCUGCACAUCUAUGAAGGAGAGGACUCCAACAGCCCCCUGAUUGGGAGCUUCCAGGGCUCUCAAGCCCCCGAAAGGAUUGAGAGCAGUGGAAACAGUCUUUUCCUGGCGUUUCGAAGCGAUGCCUCUGUGGGCUUGUCGGGGUUCGCCAUUGAAUUUAAAGAGAAACCACGGGAAGCCUGUUUUGACCCUGGAAAUAUAAUGAAUGGGACAAGAAUCGGGGCGGACUUCAAACUUGGCUCAACGGUCACUUACCAGUGUGACUCUGGCUACAAGAUCGUGGACCCGUCCUCCAUCACGUGCGUGAUCGGAGCGGAUGGAAAACCCGCCUGGAACCGGCUCUUGCCCUCCUGCAGCGCCCCGUGUGGAGGCCAGUACACCGGCUCAGAAGGGGUGGUCUUGUCACCCAACUACCCUCAUAAUUACACCGCUGGUCAGACGUGCCUCUACUCAAUAACGGUGCCAAAGGAGUUUGUGGUGUUCGGGCAGUUUGCCUAUUUCCAGACAGCACUGAACGACCUGGCGGAACUCUUCGACGGAACUCACCCUCAGGCCAGACUCCUCAGCUCACUCUCUGGAUCUCAUUCAGGCGAGACGUUGCCCUUGGCCACAUCCAACCAGAUUCUGCUGCGAUUCAGCGCGAAGAGCGGGGCCCCUGCACGGGGCUUUCACUUCGUCUACCAAGCUGUUCCUCGGACCAGUGACACCCAGUGCAGCUCCGUCCCCGAGCCCAGAUACGGAAGGAGAAUUGGCUCAGAGUUUUCGGCAGGGUCCAUCGUCCGAUUCGAGUGUAGCCCGGGCUACCUCCUGCAGGGCUCCACGGCCAUCCGCUGCCAGUCCGUGCCCAACGCUCUAGCGCAGUGGAACGACACGAUCCCGAGCUGCGUGGUCCCCUGCAGUGGCAACUUCACUCAGAGGAGAGGCACCAUUUUGUCCCCCGGCUACCCUGAACCGUAUGGUAACAACUUAAACUGUAUUUGGAAGAUCGUGGUCACAGAAGGAUCAGGAAUUCAGGUUCAGGUCAUCAGCUUUGCAACGGAGCAGAACUGGGACUCCCUUGAGAUUUACGAUGGCGGUGACGUGACUGCCCCGAGACUGGGGAGUUUUUCAGGUACCACGGUGCCCGCCCUGCUCAACAGCACGUCCAACCAGCUCUACCUGCACUUCCAGUCGGACAUCAGCGUGGCCGCGGCCGGCUUUCACCUGGAAUACAAAACUGUAGGCCUGGCCGCCUGCCAAGAGCCAGCUGUCCCCAGCAACGGCAUCAAGAUGGGGGACCGGUACAUGGUGAAUGAUGUGCUGUCCUUCCAGUGCGAGCCCGGGUACACGCUGCAGGGCCGUUCCCACAUCUCCUGCAUGCCGGGGACCGUCCGCCGUUGGAACUACCCGUCACCCCUCUGCAUCGCCACCUGCGGAGGGACCCUGAGCAGCAUGGGGGGCGUGAUCCUGAGCCCGGGGUUCCCGGGCGCCUACCCCAACAACCUGGACUGCGCCUGGAGGAUCGAGCUGCCCGUCGGUUAUGGUGCGCAUAUUCAGUUUCUGAACUUUUCUACGGAAGCAAAUCACGACUACCUGGAGAUCCAGAACGGCCCGUACCCCAGCAGCCCCACCAUCGGGCAGUUCAGCGGCCCCGACCUGCCCUCGGCGCUGCUGAGCACCACUCACGAGACCCUGGUGCGCUUCUACAGCGACCACUCCCAGAACCGGCCAGGCUUCAGGCUCACUUACCAAGCCUAUGAACUACAGAACUGCCCAGACCCGCCGCCUUUUCAGAAUGGGUACAUGAUCAACUCGGACUACAGCGUGGGACAGUCCAUAUCCUUUGAGUGUUACCCCGGGUACAUUUUAAUCGGCCACCCAGUCCUCACCUGUCAGCAUGGAAUCAACAGGAACUGGAACUACCCGUUUCCAAGAUGUGAUGCUCCUUGUGGAUACAAUGUAACGUCUCAGAACGGUACCAUCUACUCCCCUGGAUUCCCCGACGAGUACCCCAUUCUGAAGGACUGUGUCUGGCUGAUCACUGUGCCCCCUGGCCACGGGGUCUACAUCAACUUCACCCUGCUGCAGACCGAAGCUGUCAACGACUACAUCGCCGUUUGGGAUGGCCCCGACCAGGACGCCCCGCAGCUGGGCGUCUUCAGCGGCAACACAGCCCUGGAGACUGCGUGCAGCUCCAGCAGCCAGGUCCUGCUCAAGUUCCACAGCGACUUUUCCAACGGAGGCUUCUUCGUCCUCAACUUUCACGCGUUUCAGCUCAAGAAGUGCCAGCCUCCGCCAGCCGUUCCGCGGGCCGAGAUGCUCACUGAGGACGAGGACUUUGAGAUAGGAGACUUCGUGAAGUACCGGUGUCAGCCUGGGUACACGCUGUUGGGGACGGACACCCUGACCUGUAAGCUCGGUGCGCAGCUGCAGUUUGAAGGCUCCCUCCCAACGUGUGAAGCACAAUGCCCAGCAAAUGAAGUCCGGACAGAAUCUUCGGGAGUCAUUCUCAGUCCAGGCUAUCCAGGCAACUACUUUAACUCCCAGACCUGCUCCUGGAGCAUCAGAGUGGAGCCACACCACAACAUCACCCUCUUUGUGGACACGUUCCAAAGUGAAAAGCAGUUUGAUGCACUGGAGGUGUUUGACGGUUCUUCUGGCCAGAGUCCUCUGUUAGUGGUCCUGAGUGGAAACCAUACUGAGCAGUCAAAUUUCACAAGCAAGACCAAUCAGUUGUACCUGCGCUGGUCCACUGAUCAUGCAACCAGCAAGAAAGGGUUCCGGAUCCGCUAUGCAGCCCCCUACUGCAGCUUGCCCCACACCCUGAAGAAUGGUGGCAUCUUAAAUAGGACUGCAGGAGAAGUGGGCAGUAAAGUGCAUUAUUUUUGCAAGCCCGGGUACCGGAUGGUCGGCCACAGCAAUGCAACCUGUAGGCGAAGUCCAGUCGGCAUGUACCAGUGGGACUCCCCGCCUCCACUCUGCCAGGCCGUGUCCUGCGGCAUCCCAGAGUCCCCAGGAAAUGGCUCAUUUACGGGGAAUGAGUUCACUUUGGAUAGUAAAGUGAGCUACGACUGUAACGAGGGCUUUAAGCUGGAAGCUGGUCAACCCGCCACGGCCGUGUGUCAAGAAGACGGAUCGUGGAGUAACAGGGGGAGGCCUCCUGCGUGUAAACCGGUCACCUGCCCCAGCAUCGAAGCCCAGCUCUCGGACCACGUCACCUGGAGGCUGGCGUCAGGAGCCCUGAAUGAGUUCGGAGCCCAGGUGGUGCUGAGCUGCAGCCCUGGGUACUACCUGGAGGGCCGGAGGCUGGCGCAGUGCCACGCCAACGGGACGUGGAGCGUCGGGGAGGAGAGGCCCAGGUGCAGAGUGAUCUCAUGUGGGAGCCUGUCCUUCCCCCCAAAUGGUAACAAGAUUGGGACACUGACAGUGUACGGAGCCACAGCCAUAUUUACGUGUAACACGGGCUACACCCUCGUGGGUUCUCACGUCAGAGAAUGCUUAGCCAACGGGCUCUGGAGCGGCACAGAAACUCACUGUCUGGCUGGCCACUGCGGCUCCCCAGACCCCAUCGUGAACGGCCACAUCAGCGGCGACGGCUUCAGCUACAGGGACACCGUGGUUUAUCAGUGCAGCCCUGGCUUCCGGCUCGUUGGGACUUCGGUCCGGAUCUGCUUGCAAGACCACAAGUGGUCGGGACACACUCCAGUCUGCGUCCCCAUCACCUGCGGCCACCCCGGGAACCCCACCCACGGCUCCACCAACGGCAGCGAGUUCAACCUGAAUGACGUGGUCAACUUCACCUGCAGCACCGGCUACUCGCUGCAGGGGGUGUCCCGGGCCCAGUGUCGGAGCAACGGCCAGUGGAGCAGCCCCCUGCCCACCUGCCGAGUGGUGAACUGCUCGGAUCCAGGCUUUGUGGAAAAUGCGGUGCGCCAGGAGCAGCAGCGUUUCCCCGAGAGCUUUGAGUACGGCAUGAGCGUCAUGUACCACUGCAAGAGGGGCUUCUACUUGCUGGGGUCUUCCGUCCUGACCUGCACAGCCAGCGGCCUCUGGGAUCGCUCCCUCCCCAAGUGUCUGGCCAUCUCCUGUGGACACCCGGGGGUUCCUGCCAACGCCAUCCUGACCGGGACGCUGUUCACGUUCGGGGCCGUGGUUCACUACUCCUGCCAGGGGGGCCGGGGCCUCGUGGGCAACAGCAGCAGGACAUGCCAGGAAGACAGUCACUGGAGCGGAGCCCCGCCCCAGUGCACAGGGAACAACCCUGGAUUUUGUGGCGAUCCAGGCACCCCGGCACAUGGGUCUCGGCUCGGAGAUGAAUUUAAGACCAAGAGCCUGCUCCGCUUCUCCUGUGAGGUGGGCUACCAGCUGCGGGGGUCUGCGGAGCGGACGUGUUUGCCCAACGGGUCCUGGUCGGGGCUGCAGCCUGUGUGCGAAGCUGUGUCCUGUGGGAACCCCGGCACCCCCGCCAACGGCAUGAUCAUCAGCAGCGACGGCGUCCUGUUCUCCAGCUCGGUGGUCUACGCCUGCUGGGAGGGCUACAGGACCUCGGGGCUGACCACGCGGCACUGCACCGCCAACGGGACCUGGACCGGCUCGGCUCCCGACUGCACAAUUAUAAGCUGUGGAGACCCGGGCACCCUGGCGAACGGCAUCCAGUUUGGGACAGAUUUCACCUUCAACAAGACUGUGAGCUACCAGUGUAACCCCGGCUACCUCAUGGAGCCCCUCACGUCACCCACUAUCCGCUGCACCAAAGACAGCUCGUGGAACCACAGCAAACCCAUCUGCAAAGCUGUCCUGUGUGGCCCGCCCCCUCCAGUGCCCAACGGGCGAGUGGAAGGGGCGGACUUCCGCUGGGGGGCCAGCGUGGCCUACAGCUGCGCCGCCGGCUACCAGCUCUCCCACUCGGCCAUCCUCUCCUGCGAGGGCCGCGGGCUGUGGAAAGGAGAGGUUCCCCAGUGCCUGCCUGUGUUCUGCGGAGACCCGGGCACCCCCGCCGAGGGGCGGCUGAGCGGCAGAAGCUUCACCUACAAAUCCGACGUCUUCUUCCAGUGCAGGGCCCCCUUCAUUCUGGUGGGGUCCUCACGGAGGACCUGCCAGGCUGACGGCACGUGGAGCGGAGUGCAGCCCACCUGCAUCGAUCCUGCCCACAACACCUGCCCAGACCCUGGCACGCCACACUUCGGGAUACAGAACAGCUCAAGAGGCUAUGAGGUCGGAAGCACGGUGUUUUUCCGGUGCAGGAAAGGCUACCACGUUCAAGGCUCCACCACCCGCACUUGCCUGGCGAACCUCACGUGGAGCGGCCUGCAGACCGAGUGCAUCCCUCAUGCCUGCCGACAGCCAGAAACGCCGGCCCACGCGGACGUGAGAGCCAUCGACCUCCCCACCUUCGGCUACACCUUGGUGUACACCUGCCAUCCCGGCUUCUUCCUUGCGGGUGGGUCUGAGCACAGGACGUGUAAAGCAGACAUGAAAUGGACCGGGAAGUCGCCUGUCUGUAAAAGUAAAGGAGUGAGAGAAGUUAAUGAAACAGUUACUAAAACUCCAGUUCCCUCAGACGUGUUUUUCGUCCAUUCCGUGUGGAAGGGAUAUUAUGAGUAUUUGGGGAAGAGGCAGCCUGCCACCCUGACUGUCGACUGGUUCAAUGCAACGAGCAGCAAGGUGAACGCGACCUUCGCUGACGCCUCCCAGGGGGCGCUGAAGCUGACAGGCGUUUACAAGAAGGAGGAGGCCCACUUGCUGCUGAAAGCGUUUCACAUCAAAGGCCCGGUGGACAUUUUUGUCAGCAACUUUGAAAACGACAACUGGGGACUCGACGGCUACGUAUCGUCGGGCCUUGAAAGAGGAGGAUUCACUUUUCAAGGUGACAUUCACGGAAGAGACUUCGGCAAGUUCAAGCUGGAGAGGCAAGAUUCCCUAAGCUCUGAUCAAGAUCCUUCGAACCACCACCGCGGAGCCAGCAGCGGCUCUGUCGCGGCCGCCAUCCUGGUCCCGUUCUUCGCGCUCAUUUUGUCAGGGGUGGCCUUUUACCUCUACAAACACAGAACCAGGCCGAAGGUUCAGUACAACGGCUAUGCGGGGCACGAGAGCAGCAACGGGCAGGCCUCCUUCGAGAACCCCAUGUACGACACGAACUUGAAACCCACCGAGGCGAAGGCCGUGCGCUUCGACACGACUCUGAACACAGUGUGCACGGUGGUAUAGCCCUCAGGGCCCGGGCCGCCUCACAGCCAUACCUCGGACGGACAAGCAGUGACCCUCGGUGCCGCAGACCCGCCCUCCCCCCCCCAAUCCC